AUGUUUCACAUUAGAUCAACUGGUUCUUCGAUCAAUGUGGUUUCCGGUGAUAUAAGUGAAGUUCAUGCUGAUAUGAUGAUUUGUAUAAGCACAUCGAAUAAUUUACGAGAAAGUGUCCUUCGCCGCGCUGGUGCAACUGUUCAAAAACAAUACAAAGAACGUUAUUGUAGCGACGAUGCAUUACUUGUCGACGGAGGUUUGACAAAAGCAGAAAAAAUCCUUCUCGUUCCAUGGAAAACCGAAAUUGAUCAAAAAGACAUAGUAAACAGCCUCAAGUCGUUGUCGGAAUUAGUCACCUGGUCGAUCGACAAAGCACAUGAUCGCAAUGUUAAAACGCUUUCAUUUCCUCCUAUUGGUACUGGAGAACUUAAUCUUGAUCCAUUCUUUGUUUGUGAAGCUCUGAUUGGCGCAGCAAGUGAACGUUUACAUCAAUAUCAAAUGAAUGUAAUAUUUGUUAUUUAUCCAAAAAGUAGCCGAAUAGAAGAAGAUGCAUGUUAUCAAAUUUUUCGACAAUAUCUCAAUAGUCUUUGUGCACAAGUUCCUUCAACAUCGAAUGAAAGAAAGCCAAAAAAGACGUCUGAAGUAAAACGACGAGUAUUUAAACGAGAUAUACAAAGUAAACGAAUCAUCACGUUAUCUACAUUGGUAAACAUCAAUGAACAUCAUCAGUUACUGAUCGAAUCAUUAGAAAAAUUAAUAGAUGAACAAGUGUUUGAUCUUAACUUAGUCGAGUCGAAAUUAUCCUCUCAGGUAGAUUCUUUAAUUGACAUUUGUUUGUCUCACAAUGUAUUUCCACGCGUGGAUUGUUCGUCGAAAAAAUUGACACUUCGCGGUGAUCGUGAAUCACGUCUACAAUGUUUUUUCAAUUUAUGUCCUGGGAAAGGCGUUCAUCAGUAUAGUUAUGUAUUUACUGAAAUGGGAGAGAAGUCCGAAGAAAAACAAUUUAAUUCUUAUAUUUCGUUGAAAAUUGACGAAGCAUUUGCAGCCGGAGAAGCAAUGAUAAGAAUUCAAGAUAGUGAACAAUCCAUUUUAGACAUCGAUUUGAGCAAAUUACAAGUACGACCGAUAAAAACCAGACGAAAUGCUUUUCUUGUGAAAAAACCAUUAGAUGAUUCCAAAAUUCGAAUUCCACCGUCAUGGUCUUCUUCACCAUUAAAGAUUCGUACAAAGGAAAUAUCAAAAUCGUCGUAUGAAACUUUGGAAUGUAUUCAUAUUUUUCAACAAACGAUGUCAAUAUCUGAUUGGCAAAUUGAUCGAAUCGAAGCCAUUGAAAACUAUCCGUUAUAUCUACAUUAUAUGCGCAAGAAAAGCGAAAGAACAAAUAUUUAUUUCCACGGUUGUUCAUUUGCAUCUGUUCAAUCAAUUGUUCACUACGGUUUACAUUCUACGAAUGCUUCACACUAUGGUGAUCAUUUGGGAAAUUGCUCAACUGGAUCAAUUUGUUUAACUCGCGACGCUUUGAAUAGUCACUUAUAUGGAACUCGUCGGUGCACCGAUGGAAAACAUUAUCUGUUCGUUGUAGAAUUUAUCAAAUACGACAAUGAUAAUAGUUUUCUUUAUUUAUCCAACGAAGAUGCUUCUUUAGCUCUACCGACAUACUUGAUUGUUUAUCAGCGACGACAACCAGACUUGAAUUAA